AUGGCGAGGGAUGUACAAGCUGUGAAGGCCGCUGUUAAAGCCAAGCUUGUGGCCACCGGUCAAAAGAACAAAGUUGCUGCCGAUGUCCAUCGUCGGGUGAAGGUCUUCGCUGAAGGAGACUCUGUUAUGGUGUUCCUCCGGAAGGAGAGGUUUCCCGUGGGCACCUAUUCUAAGUUGCAGCCCUGCAAGUACGGUCCUUUCACCGUGGUCAAGCGGAUUAAUGAUAAUGCUUACGUUAUCGACUUACCGGCUUCUAUGAAUAUUUCCAACACCUUUAACGUGGCCGAUAUCUAUGAGUUUCAUGAAGAUUCUAUCAUUUAUCCUGAUACGAACUCGGGGUCGAGUUCUUUACAGGUGGGGGAGACUAAUGUAGCGGCGCUGGAGAACAAACUAAAGGAAGUUGUCCGAGUCGAGGAGGAGCAGGUGCUGGCGGGAGCUGACGGGAGCUGA